CGGUCAAUGAGAGUGUAAAAUUAUGUGAGGCUUAUUUAAUCGAAUAUAGGUUUCAUAAUGUGUAGGCUGUUACAAAUUUACUGAUAUAAGUUGAUGUACGAGGCAUUCCGGCAAAUUUGAUAAAAACAACUUGGUUGUGUCUGUUGUUCACACGCGUAGCCUAUCUGCACUCUCAUUGGCUAGAAUGGUCCCUUCUGAUCUCGCCUGCCUUCCAUCGUUGAGGACAUGUAUUUCCAUUGUUAGAGCUGUCACCCGAAUAUCUUGUUAACAUAAUACUUCAUCUUCGCACAGGCACCACUGUGGCGCGAACCACUGCAACGCUGUGAACUACUGCGCCGCACAGAGGAGCUACUGUAGAGAGCAGCCAUCAAGCAGUGUUGGGAAAACAACCGUAGAUUCCAGAUGCCACGUUUUUCAGUUGCCAAAGAACAUAUUUGAUUCAAAGUAACAGUGCCAAUUUUUGUAAGAUAUUCGGAUACAAAGUAGCCUCGUUGCUCAAACUUUGAAAGCUGUGGAAAAUCAGGAAGUAAAACGUUAGUUCUUGAUUUGGGAACUUAGAAGAGGAGCAUCAUCAUCAUGUUCAGUUGGGUGAAUAAGGAACAAGGAGGCAGAAACAAGGACGGCGAGAUGUACCAAACUGUGACGGAGGGUCUUCAACAACUUUACUCCAAAAAAUUAUUUCCAUUGGAAGAAACCUAUCUUUUCCAUGAUUUCCACUCACCUGCGUUGGAGGCAGCGGAUUUUCAAAGCAAGCCAAUGGUUCUACUGGUUGGACAGUAUUCUACGGGGAAGACGACGUUCAUAAGGUACCUGCUGGAGCAGGACUUCCCAGGCAUGCGGAUUGGCCCAGAGCCCACAACGGAUGGCUUCAUCGCUGUCAUGUACGGGGAGAACGAGGGGAUUGUCCCUGGUAACGCUCUGGUGGUCGACCCCAAGAAACCCUUCCGUAAACUCAACGCUUUUGGAAACGCUUUCCUCAACAGGUUAAUCUGCUCCCAGAUGCCUAACCAGGUCCUCCAGGGCAUUAGUAUAAUUGACACACCAGGAAUCCUGUCUGGAGAGAAGCAACGCGUUAGUCGAGGCUAUGAUUUCUCUGAGGUGCUGCGAUGGUUCGGAGAGCGGGUGGACCGCAUCAUCCUGCUCUUCGACGCCCACAAACUGGACAUCUCAGACGAGUUCUCUGAGGCCAUCAAGGCUUUCCGUGGCCAGGAUGACAAGAUCCGCGUGGUGCUGAACAAGGCUGACCAGGUGGACAGCCAGCAGCUGAUGAGGGUCUACGGAGCUCUGAUGUGGUCCCUUGGGAAAGUCAUCAACACACCCGAGGUGGUGAGGGUCUACCUGGGCUCAUUCUGGGCCAAGCCCCUGCAGAACACGGAGAACCGGAGGCUCUUUGAGGCAGAGGCCCAGGACCUCUUCAAGGACAUCCAGGGCCUGCCCCGGAACGCUGCCUUACGCAAACUCAAUGACCUCAUCAAACGAGCUCGACUUGCUAAGGUGCAUGCCUUCAUCAUCAGCUACCUGAAGAAAGAGAUGCCGUCGUUGUUUGGGAAGGAGAAGAAGAAAGAGGAACUGAUCAUGAGACUUCCUGAGAUCUACACCAUACUGCAGAGAGAGCACCACAUCUCCCCUGGAGACUUUCCCAAUGUCGUCAAGAUGCAGGAGCAGCUCCAGCACUAUGACUUCAGCAAGUUCCCCUCCCUGAAGAUGAAGCUGAUUGAGUCUGUGGACAAGAUGUUGGCUAACAAGAUCGCCGGCCUGAUGACCAUGAUCCGUGACGAGGAGAGCAUGGCACCCCCCGCCAUGGUGAGCGGCGGGGCCUUUGAGGGCUCCCAAGACGGUCCCUUCGGCCAGGGCUACGGAGAGGGCAUCAGCGCCGGGUCUGACUGCGAGGACUGGAUCGUGAGCCGUGACAAACACAAGUACGAUGAGAUUUUCUACUCCAUGAACCCCAUCAACGGAAAGAUCAGUGGAGUCAACGCCAAGAAGGAAAUGAUGAACUCCAGUCUGCCCAACACAGUCCUGGGGAAGAUCUGGAAGCUGGCGGACUGUGAUAAAGACGGCAUGCUGGAUGAUGAGGAGUUUGCCCUGGCGCAGCACCUGAUCAAGGUGAAGCUGGAGGGGUACGAGCUGCCCACCGAGCUACCUCACCACCUGGUGCCUCCCGCCCACAGGAAGAACGAGGUCGCUGACAUCCUCUACAACCAUGACGAGAACUAAAGACAAGCCAAAAAACACCAAUGGAGAGGACACUUCAACUCUAUAUUGUAUCCCAAUGCCCAAACUUGUGCACUAUGUAGUAUGGUGUAGAGGUCGACCGAUUAUGAUUUUUCAACGCCGAUACCGAUUAUUGGACGACCCAAAAAAGCCGAUAACGAUUAAUCGGCCGAUGAAAAAAAAUAUAUAUAUAUUUGUAAUAAUGACAAUUACAACAGUACUGAAUGAACACUUAUUUUAACUUAAUAUAAUAUAUCAAUAAAAAUCCAUUUAGCCUCAAAUAAAUAAUGAAACAUGUUCAAUUUGGUUUUAAUAAUGCAAAAACAAAGUGUUGGAGAAGUAAAAGUACAAUCAAUAUGUGCCGUGUAAAAAAGCUAACGUUUGAAUUCCUUGCUCAGAACAUGAGAACAUAUGAAAGUUGGUGGUUCCUUUUAACAUGCGACUUCAAUAUUCCAAGUUAAGAGGUUUUAGGUUGUAGUUAAUAUAGUAUUUAUAGGACUAUUUCUCUCUAUACCAUUUGUAUUUCAUAUACCUUUGACUAUUGGAUGUUCUUAUAGGCACUUUAGCAUUGCCAGUGUAACAGUAUAGCUUCCGUCCCUCUCCUCGCUCCUCCCUGGGCUUGAACCAGGGACACAUCGACAACAGCCACACUCGAAGCAGCGUUACCCAUCGCUCCACAAAUGCCGCGGCCCUUGCAGAGCAAGCGGAAUAACUACUCCAAGUCUCAGAGCGAGUGACGUUUGAAACGCUAUUAGCGCUCACCCCGCUAACUAGCUAGCCAUUUCACAUCGUUUACACCACCAUUUGGCUGAUAGGCUUGAAGUCAUAAACAGUGCUGUGCUUGCGAAGAGCUGCAGGCAAAAUGCACAAAAGUGCUGUUUGAAUGAAUGCUUACGAGCCUGCUGCUGCCUACCAUCGCUCAGUCAGACUGCUCUAUCAAAUAUCAAAUCAUAGACUUAAUUAUAACAUAAUAACACACAGAAAUACGAGCCUUUGGUCAUUAAUAUGGUCGAAUCCGGAAACUAUAAUUUCGAAAACAAAACGUUUAUUCUUUCAGUGAAAUACGGAAGGAACCGUUCGGUAUUUUAUCUAAAGGGUGGCAUACCUAAGUCUAAAUAUCCUUGUUACAUUGUACAACCUUCAAUGUUAUGUCAUAAUUACGUAAAAUUCUGGCAAAUUAGUUCGCAAUGAGCCAGGCGGCCCAAACUGUUGCAUUUACCCUGACUCUGCAAUGAACGCAAGAGAAGUGACACAAUUUCACCAGGUUAAUAUUGCCUGCUAACCUGAAUUUCGUUUAGCUAAAUAUGCAGGUUUAAAAAUAUAUACUUCUGUGUAUUGAUCUUAAGAAAGGCAUUGGUGUUUAUGGUUAGGUACAGUCGUGCAAUGAUUGUGCUUUUUUCGCAAAUACGCUUUUGUUAAAUCAUCCCCCUGCAUUGCAUCGAUUAUAUGCAAUGCAGGACACGCUAGAUAAACUUGUAAUAUCAUCAACCAUGUGUAGUUAACUAGUGAUUAUGAUUGAUUUAUUGUUUGUUUUUUAUAAUAUAAGUUUAAUGCUAGCUAGCAACUUAACUUGGCUUCUACUGCAUUCGCUUAACAGGCAGGCUCCUCGUGGUGUGCAAUGAGAGGCAGGUGGUUAGAGCGUUGGACUGGUUAACCAUAAGGUUGCAAGAUUGAAUCCCAGAGCUGACAAGGAAAAAAUCUGUCGUUCUGCCCCUGAACAAGGCAGUUAACCCACUGUACCUAGGCCGUCAUUGAAAAUAAGAAUGUGUUCUUAACUGACUUGCCUAGUUAAAUAAAGGUGUAAAAAAAAAAACGUAAAAAAAUACCGAUUUCCGAUUGUUAUGAAAACUUUAAAUCGGCCCCAAUUAAUCAGCCAUUCCGAUUAAUCGGUCAACCUCUAGUAUGGUGUGAUGUAUUGGCAUACUAAGUAGUGUGCUAGUGUGGCUUUUGGGACGCUUGUUUUUUAGUCAGAUUUGACCCCUCCUGUUAGACAUUGAUCCAGGAUCUAGUCUUAUGCAGUAAUCCUACUAAAGUUGGAAUUAAAGGCUCUUUUUUUUGCCUUGAUAUUUUUGCCUUACUUUUUUUUUUUUUUUAAGAAAGUUGGUUGGUUAACUGUCUAAUCAAGUGAUACAGAAUCCCUCAGUUGAUUUUUUUCUUUUUUUCUAUUCUUGGCAGUUUUUGGUAUACCAACACAUUUUCUUAAAGAUUUGAAGAAUCAGUUUCUCAGAUAUAUUUUUAGAUGCAUGGCAACUGAGUGUUUAUGGGCCAAGUCUUAUUUUCAACCUUUGUCCAAAGCUUUUAAUUUAAUCAAUGAAGGAUUUAUUCAAAGUAUGGACACAGCACUCAAGUUAAGUGAAAGUUAAGCUGUAUAUUUAUCCAGGAACAGUGUGUACCAUGCUGCCACAAUGUUUAAAGUAAUAUUUUAAAAUCAAUAUAUUUCAAAAUAGUCUUAAAUAUGUUUAGUAUGUAGUCAAAAUAUAGAGGAGGAAAGUAUGUGGAAGUGUGUUCCUGAACAAAUACAUGCUUGGAAAGAUUUAUGGGUGGGAGAGGUUGAUGUGAUAGACUGGACAAAGGUUAGAGUGCAUCUCCUCUUGUUUUAACAGUCAAUGACAAUGGAAGUGUCUUGGCCAGUUGACCUACUGGGAAAAACAAUUUUUUUCAGAGAGCACAAUCUGGUUUUGCAAAAUUACUGCCGUUGCUUCAAUACUAGAUUUUCUGCAAGAAAAUAGAAAAAUAUGGGUUACCAAAAAUUAUUUUUUAUGUUUGUGUGCUUGUGACAGGAGUGUAUUUCUUGAGGACAAUGAUACUCACAACAAGCUUAUGAUUGUGCCCUGUCCGUAUAGUCAAAAAGGCGGCACUGUGUCUUACCUUGCCAGCUUGUGGACUGGAUAUAGAAAAAAUGUCAUUCUUAAAAAUAAUUUGAAACCUUUAACAAUUAUCUGAAUGUAAAAGUUACAAUUUUAUUUUGGAAGUGUGUUUUUGUAGCAUUGCUAUUUGAAUAGUUGAACAAUAAGUCCUGUAUUUUACUUCAUCCAGGUGGCAUGAUGAUCAUGGGUCAGAGAGAUUUCCGUAUUAGUCAGCCACCACCCUAUGUUUUCAUUAUACACCGCCCAGAACAGAAGUGCUCUGUGCGUACAACACUGUUGCUUUUGGGGAAUCUGCUUGAGUGUAUAUACCUACCUGUCAACAUUCAGUCUAAAGUGAAAAAAAUAAAUACAUUUAAUAGUUAUUGCAUAAUUUCCUCUCUUGGGAGGUGGAGGCUUUUUUUGCUCGUUGUAUAAAGUGUUGCAUCAAUCAUAAUGAUGAAUGUUGUGCAGGAGACAUCUCGUUCUAAACCUAAACGGUUAUAUUAUAUUCCCACUUUAUGUACAGCCUCAACAUUGUACAUUACCAUUUGUAAGGAAUCCUACAAUAUAGAUUCCUUUGUAUCGUUCACGGAAUGUGUAUAUACAGCGGGGCAAAAAAGUAUUUAGUCAGUCACCAAUUGUGCAAGUUCUCCCACUUAAAAAGAUGAGAGAGGCCUGUAAUUUAUCAUAGGUACACUUCAACUAUGACAGAUAAAAUGAGGGGGAAAAAAUCCAGAAAAUCACAUUGUAGGAUAUUUAAUGAAUUUAUUUACAAAUUAAAUUCCCUGUCUUCGGUCAGUUUGGAUCACCACUUUAUUAUAAGAAUGUGAAAUGUCAGAAUAAUAGUAGAGAGAAUGAUUUAUUUCAGCUUAUAUUUAAUUCAUCACAUUCCCAGUGGGUCAGAAGUUCACAUACACUCAAUUAGUAUUUGGUAGUGUUGCAUUUAAAUGGUUUAACUUGGGUCAAAUGUUUAGGGUAGCCUUCCACAAGCUUCCCACAAUAAGUUGGGUGAAUUUUGGCCCAUUCCUCCUGACAGAGCUGGUGUAACUGAGUCAGGUUUGUAGGCCUCCUUGCUCGCACACACUUUUUCAGUUCUGCCUACAAAUUUUUAUGGGCUUGAGGUCAGGGCUUUGUGAUGGCCACUCCAAUACCUUGAGUUUGUUGUCUUUAAGCCAUUUUGCCACAACUUUGGAAGUAUGUUUGGGGUCAUUGUCCAUUUGGAAGUGUCACGACUUCCGCCAAAGUCGGUUCCUCUCCUUGUUUGGGCGGCGUUCGGCGGUCGACGUCACCGGCUUUCUAGCCAUCGCCGAUCCACCUUUCAUUUUUCCAUUUGUCUUGUUUUCCUACACACCUGGUUUCAAUUCCCUCAGUAUUAGACGUGUAUAUAACCCUCUGUCCCCCCCCAUGUCUGUGUGUGGAAUUGUUUGUUGUUUCGUGUAUGUGCACGAUAGACUGUGCACACCCCCGUGCUUCACGGUUGGGAUGGUGUUCUUCGGCUUGCAAGCCUCCCCUUUUUCCUCCAAACAUAAUGAUGGUCAUUAUGGCCCGAAGAGUUCUAUUUUUGUUUCAUCAGACCAGAGGACAUUUCUCCAAAAAGAAGAAUCUUUGUCCCCAUGUGCAGUUGCAAAACGUGGUCUGGCUUUUUUUUAUGGCAGUUUUGGAGAAGUCGCUUUUUCCUUGCUGAGCGGCCUUUCAGGUUAUGUUGAUAUAUGACUCGUUUUACUGUGGACAUAGAUACUUUUGUACCUGUUUCCUCCAGCAUCUUCACAAGGUCCUUUGCUGCUGUUCUGGGAUUGAUUUGCACUUUUCGCACCCAAGUACAUUCAUCUCUAGGAGACAGAACACGUCUCCUUCCUGAGCUGCAUGAAGGCUGCGUGGUCCCAUGGUGUUUAAACUUGUGUACUAUUGUUUGUACAGAUGAACAUGGUACCUUAAAGCGUUUGGAAAUUUCUCCCAAGGAUGAACCACACUUGUGGAGGUCUACAAUUGUUUUCUGAGGUCUUGGCUGAUUUCAUUUGAUUUUCCCAUGAUGUCAAGCAAAGAGGCACUGCUUUUGGAGGUAGGCUUUGAAAUCCAUCCACAGGUACACCUUCAAUUGACUCACAUGAUGUCAAUUAACCUAUCAGAAGCUUCUAAAGCUAUGAUAUCAUUUUCUGGAAUUUUCCAAGCUGUUUAAGUCACAAUCAACUUAGUGUAUGUAAAAUUCUGACCCACUGGAAUUGUGAUACAGUAGGUUAUAAGUGAAAUAAUCUGUCUGUAAACAAUUGUUGGAAAAAUGACUUGUGUCAUGCACAAAGUAGAUGUCCUAACUGACUUGCCAAAACUAUAGUUUGUUAACAAGAAAUUUGUGGAGUGGUUGAAAAAUGAGUUUUAAUGACUCCAACCUAAGUGUAUGUAAACUUCCGACUUCAACUGUAUGUAGAUAUUCCAUUAAAAUGCUGUUCUAGGCCACGAGCUGGCCAGUGCUACUACAGUGGACCUUGUGCUUGAAAAUGCAUUGUCAUGUUAUCCUGUCCUCUGCUUGGUGGUGGGGGAUAUUGCUGCGGUAUAAACACAGGUUGUUGAAUGGAUUCUCUGAUUCGGGAGACUUCAGCACUCAAGUUCUAGACUGGUCUACAAAAUGACAACAUAAGAACGUACAUGCAGCCAUAUCUCACAAAAACAACAGAUGAGCUGCUUCUAGAGAAACUGAACACUGCAUGUGCUAACGAGACAGAGAAACAGAACAAAAGGAAAAUGCCUAUAUCACAUUGGCCCGCCACUAUCCAAUCAGCUCAGACUGUUGAGGCCCCUGUUGAAGAGAAAUGCCCUCAGAACUCACCAAACAGAACUCACCAAAACGUUCCCCUGACCUGGUAUCAGAGCUAAAAUAACUGAGGUAUGAUAAGAUGGUGUUAAAGAACUUGAGUGCUGAAGUCUCACGAAUCAGAGAAUCCAUUCAACAACCUGUGUUUAUACUGCAGCAAUAUCCCCCACCACCAAGCAGAGGACAGGAUAACAUGACAAUGCAUUUUCAAGCACAAGGUCCACUGUAGUAGCACUGGCCAGCUCGUGGCCUAGAACAGAUGAGAAAAACUGUCCAGUUCCACAGUAUGCAUGAACAUGCUCUGGUCCAGUGCUGAGUCAUACUUAGGACCAGACUUUGCUGCUGUGAGGCAAACAGGAUUUUCUGUAUCAGAUCUAAGGAACAGAUUAGGAAGUUUUGUGGGGUCUAUUUGCUGCUCUGCACUUAUGAUGUGAGUUGGCUAUACAGUUCUGUUGCACAGUACUCUCCUCGGUGUGGGUAGCGUCAACUCGGACUUCCCUUCCAGAUAGUGCCGCAUUUGCAGCCCUGGUGAAAUAGCUCUUACCACUGCAUCCACCAUUUCUAUCUCUGGAUACCCUUUAUUUAGUCCGUUUUUGAUGUGGUGAGCAAGGCUGGAGAACGUGAGUCUUUCUUUUCGGCCUGGUUCACAUAUUUGACUGGAUAUCUUGAACUCUUUGCGCCCUACUGAUGGCGUGUCCCUGCAUUUGCACUGUGUUUUUUUUUUUUUUGGGGGGCCUGGUUUGUGUCAUUGUCAUUUCCAUUUUUGUUAACGAGCCCCUGCAUCUCACUUUCUUUUUGUUUAAGUGAAAGCCUUAACUUCUCUAGCUCUGUUUGUAGUUUGAGUUCUUCAUUUUAAUUAGCUUUGGCCAUUGAGAUAAGGUCACUAGCCUCCUGCAUCUCAUUUAUCAUGUCUUUAAUGUUCAACAGUUCAGACAUACUAUCAUCCUCUAGGUCUUCAUUUCAAAUAAAAAAAGUUGACAACG